AUGUAUGUUUGUGAGAUGAGUUGUGCAGCAGCAGCAGCAACAACAAAACUGGUUGCUCCGUUUCCAUCUCCAACAUCGCUUCUUUCGUUGAAUUCUAGUGAUGCUGUGGAAGUGAAACCCAAUCAAAAUGGGUAUAAAUGGCGCUUGGUUUUGGCAUAUGAUGGAACCAGAUAUGCAGGUUGGCAAUAUCAGGAGUCUCCCCCUACGGUACAAUGCGCGGUCGAAAAAGCUUUAAUUCAAACAACAAACCUUCAAAGGAAGGAACUUCAGUUGGUUGGUGCAAGCAGAACUGAUGCAGGAGUCCAUGCCUGGGGCCAGGUUGCACAUUUUUAUACACCGUUUAAUUACGAAAACUUGGAUAGAAUUCACGCGGCUUUGAAUGGUCUUCUUCCUUCUGAUAUCCGACUUAGAGAGAUCAGCCCUGCGUCCGCCGAAUUCCAUGCUCGCUUUUCUGUAAAAAGUAAGAUUUAUCAUUACAAGAUUUACAGUGACACCGUAAUGGAUCCGUUCCAGCGCCAUUUUGCUUAUCAUAGUAUGUAUAAACUCAAUAGCGCUGCUAUGAGAGAAGCUGCAAAAUAUUUUAUUGGGAAGCAUAAUUUCUCUGCUUUCGGAAAUGCAUCUCAUAACGAUCGCGUACCAGAUCCAGUGAAGCAUAUUUUCCGAUUCGACGUGAAAGAAAUGGGAGCUCUUUUGCAGCUAGAAGUUGAAGGCUCGGGUUUCUUAUACAGACAAGUCCGAAACAUGGUGGCUUUGUUGCUUCAAGUAGGUAAGGAAGCGAUUCCUCCGGACAUCGUUCCAGAUCUUUUGGCAAGUCGAGAUCGCAGGGAGCUUGCGAAAUACUCAUUUUAUCUUCCACCGCAAGGUCUUUGUCUUGUUUCUAUCAACUAUAAUGAAAGUCACUUGUUGCCUCCACCAGAUUGCCCUGCCAAAAGUUUUGGUAUGCAUUAUACCAUAAGAAAAUGCAAAGCUUUAUUCUAUUGA